UUCCCUGUGUAGAACUCCAAUUUGCAUCUCCAGUUCCUGCAAACUCUCUUGACAAAGUUGCCUGCCGCUCCAGAAUCUAACAGGGCUGAUGUAGAAAAUGAGUUCCCAUUCUUUGUUAUAAUUACAGGAACAGUAACACAGUGAUCAGGGUUUAAUGUAUUAACAUUGACACUCACCGAAGAUGGAUGCUCUCAAUGCGGUCUAUUGGGGCAGGAGACUCUGAUGUGACCAGGUUGCCCACAAUACAGACAGAGGUGCUGAGACAGCCGGCGAUCCCUCCCCUCCGCUGACAGGUGACAUGUACUGAUCUCCAUGGUUUCGAUGUGGUCAGGUGAAGCAGAGAAUGGCAGCCGGGGUGAUUGACGAGCAGAUGGUCUUUGUGAAUGGAUCAGAUUAUCCAUCUGAAUGGCGAGUUCAAUAAACUGAUCCAAAUUCCUUCCCUCAUCUUUACAUGCCAAUUCUGACUGUAGACCGUGAGAUAACCCCUUCCUAAACAGUACUUUGAGGGUAUCCUCAACCCAAUUAGUCUGUGCUGCCAGUGUGCGAAAAGUCAAGGCGUAUUCAGCAGCAGUUUUCUUAUCUUGUGACAAUACCAGUAACCGUUGAGUUGAAUCAAAGACCUCCCUGAAGUGCUGAAGAAAGAUCUCAAAUGAGGGGAAUGCAGACCCAUCCUCCCUCCACACAACCGUAAUCCACUCCAAUGCUUUACCAGUAAUAAACAAAUCAAGGAGAUCUUACCAGCGUCGGUUGGAUAUAAUGUGUGUUGCUGAUGAACGAAUAAUGAGCAUUGGAGGGGGAACCCCCUGCACUUGGUUGGAUAACCAUCAAAUUUCUCAGGGUAUGCCAGACGGGGAUUCAUGCGAGAUGGUGUCACCGGCACCUGUGAAAUGGCGGCUGCCGCUUGUGGUGCUGGGUGACUAGGUGGGGUAAUCUCUGAUGGCGUCAAGCGAAGAUUCUGCAGCGUCUUUACUAACUCCUCCGUGAUCAAUGUGAGACGGCAAGCUGCUGGUGAGCCAUGAGUUGGUUGGCCUGAGCAGACAAUUCAGUUGACAGAUGAGCAAUGGCCGCUGGAUAGCAGAGUGGCGAAGUCUUCUGUAACAGAACAUCACACGGCUUGGGAUCCAUUUGCAGGCUUUUAUUAUUGCUCAAGUACAACGGGCAGAGAUCGGUACCAGCAAACACAAUAUCAAAGAAUGGACAGUCUCAUUGUCGUUAGUCAUAUAAAGGGUUGGGGCAGGCAGCAAGCAUUCACAGUUUGUAAUACAAGCAAGGGUCGAGGCAGGCAGCAAAUGUUCAAAGAUCAAAGUCCAGGCAGAUAGUCCAAGGGGCAAACAGCAGAGAAUCAAGACGAUAAUUCAGAUGCGGGUCACAACGGGUAGACAAUCAGAAAUAAUGCUCAGAAUUGAUAACCAAAGGAAUAGCAAGACUUUGCAAAGAGACCGUGUGCCAGAGCGGCUUAUAAAGCCCAGGUAAUGAGUCUCAGGUGCUCCGAGCAAUCAGAGCCAGAUGCAGGGGCUGAUGGGAAAUGUAGUCAGAAUACAGUGUACAAGAUAGUCAAUACUCAGGGGAUGGCACCCUCUGCUGGUCAGAGGAGGGAAUCAGAAUCUGGAGGCUCAGAAGGUGGUUGUAUCUGUUGCUGCCUCAAAGCUGGAGACUCAGGACUUGUGCUUAAGAACUGAGGCUGUUGUUAGGUUGAUGAUGUCACGGAUCGUAAGAGGCGAAGACUCAAGUGCAGGCAGAUGAGGACUCUUUAUUUCUAAAUCACCAAAAUAAACAAAAUCACAACUGAAACUGAAAAAACCAGAGUAGCAUUCAUGGUUACAACUAGUCAUCAACUGAACACAGGGCAGCCAGACAUCAAAGGCACAAACCGGUACAUACAUGAGACAAACGAGCACAGAACAGAAAACACAGGAAGCUUAUAAAGAAGAGGCAAUCAGGUAAACAGCUGGGAAAAAUUAAAUAAAGGAAUAAGGUAACGAGAGAACAGGUGAGUGGAGUUUAGGGGAAUGGAGUCCAGAGGAAAGGGAGAAACACAGGUGGAGCAACUGAAACAAUAAUGACGUAACAAGAUGGGCGGGGUCAGAAAAUAGACAGGAGAGAGCACAUGGCACCAAACAAACACAACACUCACAAAAAGACAGUGUCAUCUGGUGGCCCUCCCGGGCACACCAGCUGAAGACUGUAACAGAUGAUGGGCCAAUGAAUAGUGAACUAAUAUUUAUGCUGAUUUAUUUAAAGACCAGUUUUUAGGUGACUGUGUGGUGACCACUGGCCCCUAUUCCUAGACUGCUCCUGUCAGUUCCUAACUAAUACACCCAGUCCUAAAUCCUCACCAUGGAGCCCAAUAUAGUGCAAUCUGAAGGAGGACUCAAUGUCACUCUGACUAUCAGACUCCUCAUGCAUGGCAAGGAGGUUGGCAGCAUUAUAGGCAAGAAAGGAGAAACUGUGAAGAAAAUGCGUGAGGAUAGUAAUGCACGCAUAAAUAUUUCAGAGGGGAAUUGCCCAGAGAGGAUAGUUACCAUAACAGGACCCACAGAUGCCAUAUUCAAGGCCUUCGCCAUGAUCGCAUACAAGUUUGAAGAAGAUAUUGUUAACUCUAUGAGCAAUAGCCAGGCUACUAGUAAGCCUCCAGUGACUUUGCGUUUGGUGGUGCCGGCCAGUCAGUGUGGCUCUCUAAUUGGGAAAGGAGGCUCCAAGAUCAAGGAGAUGAGGGAGACUACAGGGGCUCAAGUGCAAGUGGCUGGAGACAUGUUGCCCAAUUCUACUGAGCGGGCAGUCACUAUCUCAGGUGCUCCAGAGGCCAUUGUCCAGUGUGUGAAGCAGAUCUGUGUGGUCAUGUUGGAGUCCCCACCCAAAGGUGCCACAAUUCCAUAUAGGCCGAAGCCUGCCACUGCACAAGUCAUUUUCUCUGGGGGCCAGGUAAGGGCAGAUACUCUGACAGCACCAGCCACAGCCGGCCUCAGCUUGUUACUGCAGCAUCAGCCUCUGCCUGCCUACACCAUUCAGGGACAAUAUGCCAUCCCACACCCAGAACAGUUGACAAAGCUCCAUCAACUGGUUAUGCAGCAAACCCCCUUUACCUCCCUCGGACAGACCACCCCCGCUUUCCCUGGUGUGGAUGCCAGUUCACAGGCCAGUACUCAUGAACUCACCAUUCCAAAUGAUCUAAUAGGCUGCAUAAUCGGACGUCAGGGCACAAAAAUUAAUGAAAUCCGUCAAAUGUCUGGGGCUCAGAUCAAAAUUGCUAAUGCCAUGGAGGGGUCAUCAGACCGUCAGAUCACCAUUUUUGUGGAACAUGUGAAAAUAUGCCUGGCACAGUACCUCAUAAAUGCCAGGUUCAGAGAUGUGGCAGCCAUGUGGACUGACCCUUCAACCAUGACAACCUCCUGAAAUCAUAUUGUGCUCUGGUGUUCUGGUCUUUAACUGUUUUUUGGCCUCAUCAGUGUUCUUAAAACCUGGGAAUUGUUGAACUACAAUUAGUGUAAUUAAGCCAGUUCAAUUUAUUCAUUCCAUAAAAUAACAGAAAAACUAAAGAAAAGCUUUACCCAACAGGAGCCUCUCUGCAAACUGUAUUUAUUGUCUACACUGAAGGGUCUCUUCAGUAAAAAGUUUUCUAAGAAGCAGCCUGUAUUUAGGCAAUUUUGGAAUUGUGUCUGUGUACAAGAAUAUGAUGUCUUGUUAAUUAGAUAUAGUUUUUAGUUUUAGUAAAGAACCUUACCAUGCUGAAUGUCUAGCAGUUGUUAUUGCUCUUAUUUAUUUAAAUGCUCUCUCAGUAUUUUAAAAAUGUAUUCAAGUUAUCAUACAUGUGAGCAAUAAAUUGUAUUAAAAUAUGCUUAUUUUAACUUCUGUAACUGGCGAAACAGGCAGUCAUAAAUGUUGUGAUUUUAGAAAAAGAGAAAACUGAUUUCCAGUUCAUUUUAAUUAUGGUCACACCUGUGUAGAUUCAUUGCUGGUUUAUAAUUUGUUACAAAUAUAUAUUUCAUACAGCGCAUGAUAUCCUUUUUCUUUUUAUUCUGGUCCUAAAAACAUUUGUUCAAAAUUUGUACAAUUACAAACCAGUUGAUCUAAUCGUGUGAUUUAAUGAUUUUUCAGCCUUUCAAAAAAAAAAAAAAAAAAAAAAGACCUGAUUGUUUCACUUUUGACAUUUUUCUUGGCUAAAGUUUACAUCUUUGUUUAAUGCUGUGUUGUGAACUGCAAUAAUGUGAAUAAUUGAAAGUGUCAGACAUAAGUAGUCUAAGUAAGAUUAACUAUCAGCUGUGGACCAGAAGAAUUGACACCUUUUGGCAAUGCAUCUGUGAUUAUACAGUAAGGAAGCAAGUAAUAGAAGUUGAUUUGAAUGUAAUGAUGUGACUUUUUAAAGGGUCAUUUAGCUUGUCAAAUGUACACCCAGUUCCAGAUGGAUGAAACAACAGCUCAAGGUCUUUAGGUUUUCUUUUCAAACUUAGCUCAAUAGCUCGUAAUUACAUCGUGAGUUGGAUUCACAAGUUGUAUAUGCUCUGUGUUAACAGUGCUCUGUUCAGAAUGUUUAUUAUUUAUAUCAAAGAAUUGGACUUUGAUGAGUUCAAAUGUAAUGUAGAAUUAUUUAAUGUAUGCAUUUUGGUGUUGACUUAUAUUUAAGAUUUUAUGUGUUGAUUUAUAUGUGACACAAAAUCUAAUUUUAAUGCAUUGCAAGAGUUCUUAAUAGGAAUACGGUGAGUUCAUGUAAGUGAAUAUGUAUCUGUUUCUGUAUUUUCUAGUGGCUAAUAGACCCUUAAUUGUGCUAUACUGAUACAGUGACUUUUGUAUAUUCAUACCAAUAUAACAGGGUCUGAAUUUACAAGCAUUGCUAUUCUGAAUGUCUUAACACACUUGGCAGUCUUUCUCAUAUAACCAGUUAUGACACCAAAAUGGGUGACACUAUACUUUUAUUAACUAAUGUGCUUAUUUUAUUUAUUUAUUUUUUCUUGUUUUAUAAAACAAGAAAAAAAAUGCAUGUGGACUAUAGUAUUUCCUACAAAGAAACUUCUGUUUGUGUGUUUGCUGCUGAAUGACUCAUGGUUUGACUUCAGAAUGCUUUCAUUUGCAUAAUCAUAUUAAUUUUAUUUCUAAUAAAAUCUCUUGAUCUGACCUGUUUUUUUUUUUUUUUUUUUUUU